AUUCCAUUGGUCCGAACUCAGUCGCAUGGCUCCACCUAAUGGACUUUUCAACUGCUCCACCUAUUUUCUGGCUGCUGGUGCUGUUAGUUUGGGAAUUGGUCUCUGUGCCUUGGCAUCAGCUUUGUGGUUCCUGAUUUGUAAACGAAGAAAAAUAUUUCAAAAUUCUACAUUUAAAUCAACUGAUGAGAGACUCGGGCAAAGACCAUCAAAGAUGAAGGUUAAACCCCAUUCUCAGAGUGUUUUCAUUUCUCAAAAUUUUCAUACUGGAAGGUUCCAAUUACAGGGAGAGCAAAGAAAAAAUGAAGAAGCUCGUAUAAAAGCGAUUAAAGAUGAAUUCUGCCGUGCAACUAAAAAGGUAAUCUGUGACCUCCUAGAGAUUAACUCCACGACAAAUGGCAGCAGCAUUUCGUUAAACUUACCAACAUCACCAUCAGAUUCUCACUACAGCCAAAGUAUACAAGCAGCUGAUGAAUGGUUCUCUGAUGAUUCUCAAGCAGAAAAUAAUUCUUCAAAGCCUUUCCUUGGGGAACCCCUAGUGGAAAAAGUAUUUUCAUACCUGUCAACCAUUCCAUCAAAAGAAUACUUAAAAUGUAAUGAGCAUGACAAUUUUUGAUGAUUAAAAUAAUGACAUUAAGGAAAUGUUCUCAUGAAGAAACACUCAAGUUGAAAUACAAAACCUUCGGCGUAACACUGAAUGACUUUUUUUCUUUUGAAUCCUUGUAUACCCUGAAAUCAGGUAAUGUUAAAACUGAAUCACCAGCUUCUGACUCUCCUAACAUGCCGGUGCUAAUGUUUCCUUUCUUGUGCUUUGUCAUAGAGUGGGCCUGCUUCCCGUGCUGGCUCUUAUUUCUAGAAAUAAAACUAUGGGAAGAAUUAUGGUAGUAUCAUGGAUAGUAAGUUUAACUCCUUGUACCUUACAAAAGAUAGAUAAUAUGAUUGUAUUUUCAAUAUGCAGGAGAAAUACUUCAAGAAAUCUUUAUGAAUAUACUUUAAUAAAACAUCUGCUGCAUUUUGUUAUACUUUGGACAUAUCAAUUUCAUUUCAGCGUGAGUAGAUGUGGGUAGAAUACCUAUCAGCUUUUCUGAAUUUAAAAAACACAAGUCACCUAUCUUUCAAACCUUAUCAUGUCAUGAGUUUGGUAAUCAAGAUAAAUUUGCUCUUAAGUAAUUUCCUUUCUCUGUUUCUCAGAAAGCCCCCCCAACCCUCACCCCUCUUGAUAAAAAUGACUCCUACUCACCUGAAUCAAGUGAGGUGAGUUAGAGUUCCUUUCUAGUAUGAGAGGCCUGUGUGCAAAAAUGUAUGGUUAUGAGGGAUUUCUGAACCUAUCAUGUAAUCUUGUUUUUUUUCUUUCCUAAAUACUCUCCAUGUAAUCAAUCUUUUUGUUGUUGUUGUU